GCUAUGGCUGGAAGUGAUCGACUGGUGGAGAUCUCACCGGAAGAUUGGACCGAACUGAAGAUCCUUUUUCGAAGUGAUUGGCCAAAACACGAGUUUGCUUAUCAUAUGUUGGAAACCUACAUUAAAUGGAACGAACAACAUCAAACGACGGGUGUGCAAUGUUACUCCUUGAAUGGUAACUGGAGGGUGGACGAAACCUUUGUGUUGAAGGAUGGAUUUGAAAUCUAUUUCUAUUCAACGGCUCAAGACGAAAAUAGUUCUCUGUUGAUAAGGCUGCUUUUGCAAAUUGAAUGGCAAUCGUUCAGCGAGGUCAGUAUGGAUUUUCUGGACAAGUUUCAUCAAGCGAUAUUGAAAGUAAUUAGCGAGAAACAUUUAAAAGUUGUGACUAGCAAUUUAGCAAACUACUACUACUUAUCAAAAGAACAAGCAUUUCAGUUGCAUUCGCCUUCUUUACCAGAAGGCUAUGUGUUUGAGAAGAUAACACUAAAAGAUUUAGAUCACAUCUACGACCAGUGGCCUUUGAGAACCCACAUUAGUUACGAAUCGGGUUACGGAUUACUGAAGCGAUUGAUUUCGUUCAAUGAUAGCGUUGGAUUGUUUAACGAAAAGGGUCAGAUUAUAUCGUGGUGUUUAAGUGAUCAAACCGGAGCUCAUUCGGAUCUUCAAACCAUGCCAGCGUUUCGUCGUAAGGGAUACGGGCGAAUAGUAGUAAUCGAAUUAGCGAAACGAUUAGCUCUGGCUGGUUCGGAUUCAAAGGCGUACGUUUUACACGGAAACGAAAACUCGAUAAGGUUAUUUGAGAGCGUUGGAUUUAAAAAAAUGCAAAAUCUGCACUGGAUGGUAGCGAGUGCGGAACAAUAA